AUGCUGAUUAAGAUCUUCCGAAGGCAUGCUCAUUCCUCGCAAGUACACCCAUUGACAGGCUUCUAUAAACUACUCCUUGACACUCCAUUUCGUCCCGCGAAUCCUCUUCCGCCAGGUGUGCCACACCCACCUGCCACAACACCGCCAACAGAACCCUUCUCUCCAAACGAUCCCACUACCACGGCGGAUGCAGAUACCCGUGUUGAGAAAGCACGUGUAGUAUUUGGAUCACGCCUCGCAGGACCAGGGAAGCGUGAAGAGGAGAAGAGACGGAAGGGAACUAUCAUUGCAGGUGUCAAGAUCCCACCGAAACCGACGGAACCGGAUAAUUGCUGCAUGUCGGGAUGUGUCAACUGUAUUUGGGACAUAUUCAGAGAAGACCUGGAAGCAUGGCGUGCAGCUAUGCAUGAGGCACGGGCGAAGCAGAAGUUACAGAAUGCUGCACAGGGUGUUAGCAGUAGCAAGGAUGAUGAUGGUGGCCCGCCAGCUGGCGGGCUGUGGGAGGGAUACGAUGAUAUCCCAAUUGGCAUGAAAGCUUUUAUGGAGACUGAAAAGCGCUUGAAAGAGAAGCACAAGACAAUGGGGUCUACACCGGGUUGA